AUGGCAGGCCGCAAGACAUUGUUGGCUCCGAUUCACUUUAUUUUCAGUCUCCUGCAGAAGCGCAGCACUGUUUCAAUCUGGCUGUAUGAACAGCUCGCCUUUCGGAUCGAGGGGAAGAUCCGCGGUUUCGAUGAAUUCAUGAACCUGGUCAUUGAUGAUGCCGUCGAAGUGCGUCUCGCAACCAAGACAGAUGAGGAGAAGCGCCGGCCGCUGGGCCAGGUCCUUCUUAAGGGAGACAAUGUUUCUCUAAUCCAAGCUGUUUGA